AUGGCUCAACCAGACUAUCAACCCCAUCAACCAAGGGAAUGGACACUCGAUGAUGAGAUCAAAUUAUUCAAUCUAAUCUGUGAUUACAAACCAGCAGGUAAGAAUAAACACAAGAACAUGGUUUCCAUAAUAGACAAAAUAAACCAUAAGUUACGAGAUGAGGAGAAGCCAUAUACAGCAUCUGAUAUAUGGGAUAAAUUAUCUACGCUAUAUGAUUUGAAACGAAUAGAUUAUUUAGAGGAUUAUAAAGAUACUGAUGAUGAAAAUGAUGUAGAUGCCAAAAAGAAACGUGAGGAACAAGAGGCUGGAAAUAAGGAAGAAUCCAUCGAGGUGGACGAAGAGGACGAGAAUCACAAGGGAGAAGAAGAAAAAGAAGAAGGGGCAAAAGAUGUGAAAGAAGAAAAUGAAGUGAAAGGUGAAGAUAAAGAAAUCAAAAAGGAGCAAGAACGAAACAUUGAGGAUGAACAGAAAAUCGAGGAAGAAGAGGAAGAAGAAGCUUCUCCUGUUCCAGAGCCAAUCAUUAAAAAACGUGGACGGAGACCAUCAAAAGAGUCAAAGCCCAAACGACAAUUACGUAAUGUAACUGAAGUCCAUAGCGAACUGGAAUCUUCAGGUUUAAGUGAUGUAAACAGCGAAGAUGAAGAGGAACUUAAAAAGGACACUGAGAAUGAAAAGAUCAAGAAGGAUGUGGAUAAAGAAAGUGAGUCCGAUGAAGAACAAGACGCCGAAGAGGAAGGACUGGGACAAGGGGAACUGGAGCUGGAAGGAGAAAAGGAGUCUGAAGGCGACGAAGAAAAAGAAGAAGAAGAAGAGGAGCCACAACACGAGGAAAUAAAAGUGCUGGCGCGUGGAUCAGGAAGAGGAAGAGGUCGAGGGAGAGGUCGUGGAAGAGGUCGCGGUAGAGGGAGAGGUAGAGGAGGAAUAACAAGGAGAAGUUCGAUUGAAAGAUCGUCCCCUAUUCCCAAGAAAAGAACUCGAUCAACUGUGGAUGUGGAAGAUAAUCCUCCAUCUCCUCCUGCUUCAAAGAAGAGACCUACUCGAACCACGUCACCAGUGUCGCCACCUCCUAGAAGAAGAACUAGAUCAGAAGUUCAUAUUGAAGUAGAAGACCACAGCGAGGAAGAAAAAGAUCGAAAAGAGCACGAGGGCGAUGAUCGUGGCGACGGCGAAGUUGAAGAGGCGGAAGAUAAUGACGAACUGUCGGAAGAGAAAUGGGAGGAACCAGAGACCAGGAAACCCCUGGGUAGAGGACGUUCGGUGAGGACUAGGGGUAGUCGUGGUGGGUCUGUUCGUCGUGGAAGAGGAAGGGGACGAGGAAGGAAAUAG